UCAUCGUUACAAUGAUGUCUAAAGACAUUACUAGUUUUGAUCCAAAACAAGCAUCAGUGCCCAUAUCAUACCCACUCAAGACAUUGAAGGAGCUUGAGUCUCGCUCCUACUUAGACUCCUUUCCCUAUCAUUUCAACAAAGCCUCUGUUCCCCUUAUUCAAACAACAUCUUCUUCUUCUAACCGUGGCAAAAUUCUAGUGUGCCAUGACAUGGCUGGUGGGUAUUUGGAUGAUAACUAUGUCCAAGGAGGGACCAAUUCUGAUGCCUACUCCUUGUGGCAUUGGUAUCUAAUUGAUUCCUUUGUCUACUUCUCUCAUAAUCUUGUCACUCUUCCUCCUGUUACUUGGACUAACACAGCUCAUCGCCAUGCUGUUAAGCUAAAUAUGGAGGUAGACUUGGACAGUGUUCAGAUUCCUAAUCUGAAAGAGUUUGUCAACCAUUUAACAUUAACCAUGCAUUCUUCGGUGCCUGGAUCACUAUUAAUUUGGUACCACAGCUGAUGGUAGCUUAAAUGAUCAGAAUCAACUAAAUAAAUACAAUAAGCCUUUCUUUGAUAUAUGUGAUGGAAUAUUUGCCAAUUAUUCCUCGGAGGUAACAAAGUGGAUGUUAAGCAAAGGUCAAGGUAGGACUAUGGGAAGCUAUUUCACAUUAUUGAAUGCAUUAGCAGAAGAUGAUCGAAUCCAUGAAGCUGAAGAGCUUUGGACGAAGUUAUUAAUGCAGUAUAUGGAAAGCUCCUCGUAAAUUCUUUGAUAAAAUGAUAUCUGUCUACUACAAGAGAGGCAUGUAUGACAAGAUGUUAAGGAUAUAGAAUGGAGACACUCUUGGACAAGAAGAGCAUGCUUUUGAAACUAAGGUACUACUCUACAAUGGGAAAAGCCAAGAUGUGAUGUUCUUCUCUAGCCAGCAUCAAUGAACUUUCGUAGUCAUGAUUAUAAUGUCAUUAGUUGAUGGCUAUAUACCAAGUCUGAAGAUUUUAGCACUUGGCACAGGAAUUUAUGUUCUACCUCAUAUAAUGCCACGGAUUAGCAGUGAAUCAUCUUGCGCUGUUGUGCAUACUUUUCUUUUUCAAAAUUGGAAAACAAAAAUGUUAUUCUUAAAGAAUGUAAGUCAAGAUGAGUCGUU